AUGCACACACGAACACCCGUCCUCCUUUGCUUUUUAUUGGCUUCCUUUGCACGACACACACGAGGAGUGUUAAAUAAUGUAACAAUCGAUGAUCAGAACGGCGACCCGACUACUGGUCAAUAUAUUCAAUAUUCUCCGUCUGAGGCAUGGCGAAGAGGUCAGGAUUGCAAUAAUUGCACGGCAAGACCGAAUGCCGCGCGAACCUUUGACGGUACAUGGAUGGAUGCAACAUAUUUUCCUGAUGGGAUAGGCGAACCCACAGGUGGACAAAUUCUGUAUGCGAAUGUCUCAUUUACGGGUAUCGCAGUGUAUGUGCAGGUGAUUUUGACGGGAACUAUCCCCAACAUCCUCGUCGCCGAUUCCGAUUUUACCUUCUUCAUCGACGACACCUUGGUCGGCACAUUUCAAAAUUCCACCAGUGACUUGUUUUACGUAUAUAACCAAACAAUCUUCUCCAUUACGGGCUUGUCGAACUCACUGCACAACUUCACUAUCGAGGUUGGACGUACGGGGAUGGCAUCACUGGUCCUCCUGGACUCUAUCAUCUAUACUCAAAAUAUAUCGUCUACAAGUGAUAAUAUCCCUGCUUCAAAUGGCGCGUUGGACCCAGGCAAGUCAAAGAAGCUGAACAUCGGUUUGAUUAUUGGCGCAAUCUUCGGUGCCGUAGGAGUACUUGCCGCAAUACUUGGUAUUUUCUGUCUGCAUCACCGUCUAAAGAGCAAGCAUGUUCACUUUGCACCCGAUACAACUCCUCGUCCAAUCCAUCAUUUCCGGCCUGGUCCUCGUGCACUUCCGGCUGGCCAGCGCCGUGGUCCUAAUCGAGCUAGAAUACCUCAUACUGUCAUGAACGAGCUGACUCGGUCUGAUAGCACUGGAAUCGUCCAUUUACGGGCGGUACCUAUUAGUGGUACUCCUCGUGCAGGACGCCCUGCUGGUCAAGUUGCCUUGGUUGCUCCAUUAGAACGCUGUAGCAGCACAAGAGCUUCUGUUGGUUCGGGAGGAAGCGAUUCGCCGAUCCAUCAACCUUCCUCACAAUCACAACCCCCAUCUUCAGCUAAUAUGAAUCCUCCUCCUGAUUCAGCAAAUAGCUUUGAACUAUCCGUCGCCGCGCCUCCACCUUACAGCAGGAUUGGUUCAAGGCCUCCCUCCGUUAUCUCAGAAUAUUAA